AUCUUCCACCGCCGAACCGAAACGAGACCGCGCGAGUUAAACACCCUAUCCUACUUCCCCGUGGAAGUUGCCGCUGCCACCCGCCGAAGUACCAGCCACGAAGAAGUAUCAUUCGCCUUCUGGUCCCGUGCUUCAUCGCUGACAGCCAACGAAACCGGUGGAAUUUACAAUUUUCCAUCGUCGCGCCAACUGCAACCUCCCUCGUCUAAGAAGCGUUACCGAAGAAACAAUUGAUUAAUCGUCAGCCACGAAGAGGUGUCUCUCGAAAUCUGGUCCUGUGCCUCAUCGCUGAUAGGCAACAGAACCGAAGAAAUUUAUAGUUUUCCCCUGUCACGUCAUUAUGUCUUGAAAAAUGUUAAGAAAGUGUCAUGCUGUUGAGAAAAGGAUUGAAUUAUUAUCGAGACAGCGGAAAUGAUCGUCGGCGAAUACAUGGAACGUAUCUGGCGAGACUAAAGAUCUCGAACUGAUUUUAAAUUCGUGACUAUUAUUGUUCGAAGAAACGUGUUGUGUAGUGACUGAUUUGAUGAUUCCUAUGUAUAAUAAUGGAUGCCUGAAUCUUUCGUAAAGUCUUCGGAAAGUGGAUCCCCGAAUCUUUUGUCGUUUGAAAUAAAACCUGGUGUAUGGGAGUUAGAAUUCUCCGGAAGAAUAAUGUGCGAACGUGAGGUUUGUGCCGCGGUUUGGCUCGGAGGAUCCCGGGUGCAGAGUUAACACCUGUUAGAUGGUCGGGCAGAAGUGCUGAUGUGACACGAACGUGGAGUAAUUUCGAUCGACCGCGGAACACUGGAAGCCAGAUUUCAGAGUGAGUGUAUUAUCGUGAAUCGUUGUUAUUCAUUUAUGAACGCGAGUAGCAGAAGAGAUAGUCAAGGUUGGUUUCACUUCCGUCGAAUCACGUAGUGGGGUGCAUUUCGAUCAAAGAAACGAAGAAACGAGGGACGACGUCGAUUUCAAUAAAACGAAUUUUCCCCGCGAGUUGGCAAUCGAGACGAGAGGAAGAAUUUGCAAACGGAUGCUCUUGCCUCGGCCCUGUCGCGGGAUAAUGAAAUAAGGAUCAAAGGAUCCUGGGCCACGCGGCACCGACCAAGUUGUGCGCGUGCCACCGAAGGAACCGGAAAUUUAUCUUUAAUCAGCUGCUACCGAAAUAAUGACCAUCAUCGAUCUACUCUAUUAGUUCAAUCUUAAUAAAGAACUUAAUUAUCACUGGAUACAUUGCGUGCACACUUUGAUUAUAAAAGACAAAAAUAGAAAAGAUAAAAGGCUUGGCUACGUGUCAAAAUAAAGAAGAAAAGAGAUGCUGCUUUAUUAGUUGAAUUUUACCACGGAACUUAAUUAUCAUUGGAUAUCGUUAGUCGUUGGAUACAUUUUCGACGAUAACAAAUAAAAAUAAAGAAGAUAAACCGUCGAAUUUUUGAUAGAGCGUGCGAUGGAUCGGAGUUAAUAAAGGAAAAGCUGGCCGAUCGAGUAGAAAAAAAUUGAGUCGAAUUCAUCGAGGUUUGUCGGCGAGGAGGAUCUUUCCGGAAAAGAGUCCAAUGAGCCUGUUCUCAUGACGAAUCCUUUACGAGAUGCACGCCCCGAGGAUCGGCCUCUAGGCUUAGAUUAUCCGGAUCCGAGAUUGGUUCGAAACGGUCAUCAGGACCAUCAAGGGAACUCGACGCAUCAGAUCGGUGGCGGGAGAAUUAGGAGAACCAGGACCUCGUCAUCGAGGAGAAGAAUGCACCUGGCCAACGAGGUCCCUCCACAAGGAUCCACUGGUGGAAAUAAUAUACCGGAUUAUGCACUCACCGCGGAUCUGCUCGCCGAGAGAACUUUGGAUGGCCUGUUUGCUGAACAUCCUGGAGAACUUGUGCGAACAGGCUCGCCACACGUGGUCUGUACGGUGCUACCGCAACAUUGGCGGUCAAACAAGACACUUCCGGUAGCGUUCAAGGUAGUAGCUCUGGGCGAGGUCGGUGAUGGGACUCUGGUGACAGUGCGUGCCGGAAAUGAUGAAAAUUGCUGCGCGGAAUUGCGAAAUUCCACGGCGGUUAUGAAGAACCAGGUGGCGAAAUUCAACGAUCUUAGGUUCGUCGGUAGAAGCGGAAGAGGGAAGAGCUUCACCUUGACGAUUAUGCUACAAACAUCGCCACCUCAAAUAGCCACUCUGUCGAAGGCGAUCAAGGUCACCGUCGAUGGACCAAGAGAACCCAGAUCAAAGACAAGACACCAGGCCUUUCAUCCCUUCCACUUCGGGCCCAGGCCGUUCCCUUUCGGCCACCCUCAGGAUCCUCUGGGAUUCAAGUUGUCCGGCUUGCAACACCUGGGUCUGGAGCAAGGAGCCAGCCAAGGGUGGGGUGGAUUACCUCGGGGCUCUCUUCCGCCGCACUGUCUUCCGCCGCCUCCCGGUCACCAUUCGCAUACACAUCCUCCGGCAGCUGGUGCGUCGGCCUUCAAUCCCUUCCACCACAGCAUCGAGCAAAGAUCUCCUAGACUUCCUGGACCUAACUCUGAACCGUCCAGGAAUGAUUUGGGUCCAAUCAGCGUAUCCGUCAGGGAGGUGACCCCGACCACGUCACCUGGUAAUCCUGGACCUGGAUUACUCACGACGGCUACUGUUGCGGCACCAACGCCUCCGGCGGAACCUACCACCACCACUACUACGCCUAGCCCCUCUGGACACCAUUCACAUUUUCAAGGUCUUCAUCUUCUGGGGGCCACUGGGUCUAUCUUCGGAUCGAUAUUCGCUCCGUUGCUGCCACAAUCCUCUUGGCUCUACAAUCCACUCUACCACACGCAGCAGUACGUCUUAGAGCCGGAAUGGCAUGCUCUAGCGUUAAGAAUGGCCCAGCAACGGCUCCAGAGACCUGACCAGGCGCGAGUGGAAGAAAUGAGGAAACUUCGUGGCAGCAGUAGCAGUCCAGAAUCCGCGUUGAAGGAAGAAAAACGUCGAGACGACGAUCAAGAUGUUCUUCGUAGAUCAGGUCUGGACAGUCCUGACGGAAGCAUAGAAGUGGACGAUAGGAACGAGAAUGAUGCAAACAGAGAUCGCGUGAGGAGCGACGAGUCUCUUCCGGAACAGGAUUCUCCAAGGAUCUCUCCCAUUAGAAGCGACCUGGAAGACACUACUGACGUCACAUUUCAAGAUGCCUCCGUUCACCUAAGACCUAGUAUAGAAAAUUCGAACGAUCAAGAGAUCACGAACGAUGAGAUUCCUCGCAGAGAUCUGAAGAUCCGUCUGGAAGGCACUGUGGAUCUCAGUACAAAGAAAGGACAGGAUAAAGAGAACGUAGGACAAGAUCUUACCACCAGGAAGAAAGAAGACGAUACCGACGUGGAGAGGGAAGGCGUGCGAAGCAGAAGAGAGAGAAGCCCUAAGCCUAGACAAGUCUGGAGACCGUAUUAAACGAGGAUAUUCUUCAUUCGAUAGAUAAAUAUCGAAAUUUUACGUGAUGGUCUUGUUGUAAAUUUCAACCAGAUCUGCCUCGAUUAAUUUAGGGUCUGUUUUAAUAUUAGACAGUCGUACGGCCAGGUGAUUAUAAGAGAGAUUUGUAUCGAUGUAGAUGAGCCUGAACAAGGUUCGUGGAAAGCUCAGAGCCUGGUCCUGGAACCAGGAAUUAUCAUGGACUCGAGGACUAACCAGGGUUUACGUUCGUAUAGUAUGUAAAUAUAUAAGCGGCGUCCAAUUAUUAUUUAGGUUACUAUUUCGCGUACGUGUGAAACGCUACCCAUUGUCAUUUCGAGUGAGAUUAACCGAUUUUUUCGAACGAUCUUUAUCACACCAGUCCUGAUUUUCGUUUCAAUGGACACAAGGUUGAUAGAAUCUCGCGAAACUUCAACUCCGACGAGUUAGGUUAUUAUCAAGGUCUGUGUGUGAUAGGUAUCGUUCGAUUUUUUCUCGUCGCGGUAACUGUGAAUCCGUGACAUUGUAAAUAUCACUGACUUAAAGAGUCCAGGCCAGAGUCACGUGCCUCUAGGCUACCCCAUCUCCUUUUUGUUUUUUCGCCUCUUUUUAUGAGAGACAUUAAUCGACCGUCAGAAAGUGUACGUAACGAAGAUCAAGUACGAGUCGAUGUGACUGGCCUCGACGAUGAGUUUCUUUCACUGUUUAAGUACAUCAUCAAAUAAAGUAAUAUCAUCCGUUCCA